AUGGCCUCCAGGUACUAUGCUCAGACCAUCUCUUCUGGCUCCGUCAAGGGACUGUGUGGCCCCUCUGGGGGUGGGAUCACUCGGAAUUCUUCCAUCCAUUCUGGCAGCUCUUGCAGAGUGCCAAGCCUUGCCUUCAGCAGUAGGAGUGUCUCUUCUUCUUCCGUUAAGCUGGGAUCGGGGAUCGGCAUGCCCAACAUCUGCCCACCAAGCAGCUGCUUUGGACCUGGGUUCGUUGGAGGCUUCAGCUGGCACGACGAGGGCAUCCUCAGCUGCAACGAGAAGGAGCUGAUGCAGUCCCUGAAUGACCGCCUGGCCAGUUACCUGGAGAGGGUGCGGUGCCUAGAGCAGGAAAACACCAACCUGGAAUGCAAGAUCCGUGAAUGGUACGAAUGCCAGGCCCCCUAUGUGUGCAUCGACUUCCAGUCUUACCAAAAGAUUAUUGAGGAACUCCAGCACCAGAUCCUGUGUGCCAAGAAUGAAAAUGCCCGACUGGUGUUGGAAAUUGACAAUGCCCGCCUAGCUGCUGAUGACUUCAGGACCAAGUACGAGACCGAGCUAGCACUUCGCCAGAGUGUGGAGGCUGACAUCAAUGGACUGCGCAGAAUUUUGGAUGAACUGACCUUAUGCCGGGCUGACCUGGAGGCCCAGCUUGAAUCCAUGAAGGAGGAGCUCCUUUGCCUCAAGAAGAACCACGAGGAGGAAGUCAAUGCACUACGCUGCAAGCUUGGGGCCAGAGUUAAUGUGGAGGUGGACGCCGCCCCAUCGUGUGACCUGAAGAAGAUUCUGGAUGAGAUAAGGAGCCAGUAUGAAAGCCUGGCUGAAAAAAAUCGCAGAGAUGUUGAGAGUUGGUUCUCCUGCAAGAUGGAAGAGCUGAACCAACAGGUUGUCUCCAGUGGUGAAGAGCUGCAGACUUGUCAGUCAGAAGUCAUUGAGCUGAGACACACGGUCCAAGCCCUUGAAAUUGAUCUGGAUGCCCAACAGAAUAUGAAAGGUGCUCUAGAAUGUACCCUGCAAGAAACCGAAGCCCGUUACAGCGCCCAGCUGGCACAACUCCAGUGCCUGAUCAGCAACAUCGAGGGUCAGUUAGGUGACCUCCGAUCUGACAUGGAACGCCAAAACUAUGAGUACCAGGUGCUCCUAGAUGUCAAGACUUGCUUAGAAUCGGAAAUUGCAACCUAUCGACGUCUUUUGGAGGGAGAAGACUGCAUGUUUCCCAAUGUUCUGAGCGUGCCAGAAUGUCCCCCUCCAGUCUGUGCUCCGGUCCCUCAGAUCACUAAAAAAAUCCGCACCAUUACAGAGGAGAUUAAGGAUGGAAAGAUCAUAUCCUCUCGGGAAGAAGUCCAGCAUUUGAUGUAG